CUCCGCCACAGACCGAGGUGUGGAUCCCGUUAACGCGAAUAAAUGGGAUAUUCGGUUGGCCGGGCAGGAUGUAAAACAUCUUUUGAAGGAUGGGGAAACAAAGCUUCUCUGCGGCGACACUGCCACUGCUCGUUCUGGGUUGGCUCACGGUAUCCGUUACCGCUGGUGACUCAACUCUGUCGGCUCCUCUCAAUGUGACGAUCAGGGAGCUGGAGGCGAACACAGCCAUAGUCACAUGGGAGAUACUGGAGGGAGAUCCCGUCAUCGGAUUCGCCGUAACACAACAGAAGAAGGAUGUGCGCAUGCUGCGGUACAUCCAGGAAGUAAACACGACCACGCGCUCCUGUGCAUUAUGGGACUUGGAGGAGGACACAGAGUACAUUGUUCAUGUCCAGAGCGUCAGCAUGGGAGGCAGCAGUCCUCCCAGUGACCCGGUCAGCUUCAGAACUCCCAGAGAGUCUGAGAAACUGGCCUCCACAGGCCCAGAUGAGGUGAACAGGGAGGAGAUGGAACAGGCAGUGCAGCUCAGAGUUGGAGAGCUCAUCAUCAUCGUAGUGGUGCUCGUCAUGUGGGCAGGUGUGAUCCUCCUGUUCUGUCGUCAGUAUGACAUCAUCAAAGACAACGAGCCCAACAACAACAAGGACAAAGCCAAGACCUCGUCAGAGUGCAGUACGCCAGAACACCCACAGGGGGGGCUACUGCGCAGCAACGUCUGAAAACAGCCCCCACUGGCCACUCACCUAUAUGGCAAUAACGUCCAAUCCUCUUCCUCAGGACAGGUGAGGCUACACAGCAGAACCGUCAUACCUGAGGCUGCGUCCUGAAUCUUCAUACUUCUCCUGAAGUGUCCUUGUAUCUACAACAUGACGAUCACCACUACGAUGAUGAUGAGCUCUCCAGCUCCGAGCUAAGACCCC